AUGGCUGCGGUGGGCAAGCUGGGCAAGGCCAAGGAGGCGGACGCGGCGCGCUGCAGGAGGCACCCGAGCCACCGGCACGCGGCGGGCGUGUGCCCCUUCUGCCUCAGCGACCGGCUCUCGCGCCUCUCCGCCGCCGCCAAGGCCGCCGCCGACGCCUCCGCCUCCUCGUCGGCGUCGUCACCGCGCUCGUCCGGUGGGGAGAGCGUCGCGUCCGCGCCGCCGCCCUGGCGCGAGACGAGGCGGGCGAGGCUGGGGAUGCUGAUGCGGCAGGAGGAGGCGGCCGCGGGUGACCGUCACGGCGGCCAGGAGAAGGCGCCGGCUCCGGCGCCGGUGGACGCCGAGGAGAAGAAGCCGGCCAAGAGGAGCAACUUCUGGGCCAGGCUGCAGCAGGGGAGGAGCUGGUACAGGAGGGACGGUUGCUCGCUGGCGCACUCCAAGGCGGCCGGCGACAAGACCGCCAAGCGGGCGCCGCUGUUCUGA